UCUUGAAAACCACAAUUUCCGAACUGCGACAUAAUCAGCAGCGCUGAGCUGAGAAUGAGCUGGGAAGACGAGUACAUGCUAAAACCGUUUGAGCAUUACGAUGCGUAGCUCUUGACCAGACCGCCAAGUAGGUCACCACCAUGGUAUUUAUCAGGGCCACGCCCGGUCUGCGUUGAAGCCGUUUGAACGGCCGCAAUAAACAUUCUAUCUUUCUCCCAAAGGGGUCAGCCUAUCUGACUAUGGCAUCGAUGAGGCGGCACCUUCUCGUAUGUACUCAGCUCUAUAUAUGUGUUCUCGCAUUUCCCUGUUCAGCUCUUCUUUCUUUUGUGCGCAAUCAUUCUUUUACUAUUGCACCUACUCAAUCGCAAACAUGCCACUCAUUCUUUUUUUGUUUUCCCUGUUCUCAGUCAUUAACUUGAGCAUAGCUGGCUAUGUUCUUCAAGAUGACUACAACUCUGCGUCGUUCUUCGACAUGUUCGAUUUCUUCACAGCACCAGAUCCUACACAUGGCUUCGUCCAGUAUAUUGACCAAGGCACAGCAUGGAACACCGGUCUUAUUCGUAACGAUAAUGGCAAGAUCUAUGUUGGAGUCGACCAUACCAAUGUUCAACCCAAUGGUCGUCCCAGUAUACGGUUGACUAGCAAGAAUUCUUACAAUUCUGGAAGUCUGGUCAUCCUCGACCUUGACCACAUGCCUGGCAACUCCUGUGGAUCAUGGCCAGCCUACUGGAUGGUCGGACCUAGUUGGCCUAACGGUGGCGAGAUCGACAUUAUUGAAGGUGUAAACACGCAGAACCACAACGCAAUGACAUUGCACACCGCAGACGGCUGUUCCAUCUACGACAAUGGCAAUUUCACUGGAAGUCUAUACUCCGAUGACUGUUACGUCAACGCGGCGGACCAAACCAACAACCUGGGUUGUCAGAUCUCCACCUCUCAGUACAACACCUAUGGUGAUGGCUUUAACAACGUAGGAGGUGGUGUCUACGCCAUGGAAUGGACCGACGAAGCGAUCAGCAUCUGGUUCUUCCAGCGUGGCACCAUCCCUGCCAACAUCCGAAACGGAAAUCCCUCCCCAGAUUCAACUUGGGGAACGCCACUCUCUCAAUUCACAGGAUGCUGUGACAUCCCUGAAUUUUUCUCAGACAAUCAGAUUGUUUUUGAUGUUACCUUUUGCGGUGACUGGGCUGGUAGCGUUUGGAGCAGUGACUCUACAUGUUCUGCUCUAAGCGGCUCCUGCACCGACUACGUCGCCAAUAACCCUUCGGCAUUCUCGAAUGCUUAUUGGACCAUCAACUCUCUGCAAGUCUUCGAGCAGACUGCAAAAUCUUCUGGAAAGGUUGCACUGCCCGCAUUUUGCAAUAAUAAUACCCCAACACAAACUGAGACAUUCAUUAGUAGUGCUAGCACCGUAUCAACGGAAACCGUGCCUGCCGAGACUACCUCGACUGUGUCAUCUGUUGUCGAUACGACGACUACAGAGACAUCGUCAACGCAGACCUCAUCGUUCGAAACCACGUCAUCGACCGCCGAAACCUCGUUGAUCCCUGAGAGCUCGUCAAUCGCCGAGAGCUCACCGACUGACCAAGUCUCGUCCACCGCCACGACCUCGUCAAGUGGAAGCACAUCCGCUACAGACUUCUCGUCUUCAAGCCUAAGCUCCUCAAUUACUGACAGCAUGUCAAGUGGAAAUCUGUCGUCCGCUGCUCAGACAUCGUUGAGCAGCCAGACCGUAUCACUGACCUCUGGCCUAUCGUCAAGCAACAGAGCCUCGUCGACUGCUCUGAGUUCUUCACUUGGUCAAGUCUCAUCGACUGCUCAAGCUGCAUCAAUCACCCGAGCUUCGUCGACUGCACAAGCCUCAUCGGCUGCAGGUUCGAGCGCCAGUAAAUCGAGUGCCAAUACAUCUCCCGCACCUGCAUCGACUGCAGCAACGGCUGCCGAGACAAGCUCGACGCAGCCAUUGCCUUCAAUGACAGAUGUAUUGACGACGUUAGUCUUGGCCGUAGCCGCAGACGCCACCUCUACUGAGUGGACCACAAUCACAACGACACUCCGACAAGUGGUGUCUCCGACCGGAUUCCCACAGUCGAGUGCCACUCAACAGCCCACAGCAGUCGAGAAUAGCGCGACGACACCAGCUGUCAAUGUCGAGACGACGACCACCGCCCAACCGAUUGCCGAGACCACUGUGCUCACGACAAUCGUCCAAGCAGUGUCGGCCGACGCAACAACAACGCAGUGGGUGACCAUCACGACGAGCAUCGAACGAGCAGCGGUAGUAACAGCCACCAACGACGCGGCUUUCGAGCCUGCAGACACGACCAUCACACAAUGGACGACUCAGCAAAUCACGGUCUUACCAGACGUCUACACGACGCAAUGGACGACCAUCACAAGUACCGUCAACUUCCAAAAGGCGAGACGCACCGCUCUACCCGAAAGCUUGAUGCUCAGAGGGGAAGAGUCGGUAGCGGCAUCACAAACGAUACGUAUCGAAGCACAACCAAGCCCUAGCAGGCGCUGGCUCCCGAGACACUGGGGUCGAGCACGAAUCUAGAAGAUUUUAUGAAAGAAAGGAAAGGAAUGGGAGGAUAUACCAAAUUUAGAUUAAUGUUUUUGAACAACUUUUGUAUCUGGUGGUG